AGGAAAAAUAACCUCAAGAUAUAGCGUGUAUAGUCGACCGAAGACAAAGAAUGACGGGCAGUUCCUUUAUGUCAAUUUAAAUAUUACCGGUAACGACGCAAAAAGCCAGUAUCUAAAAUAUUGCGAGGGAGUCGUGUAUGUAAUUUAUCGCUGUGACAGAGGGAAAAACAACAACAGAGAAAGAGCCGACGCACCAAUCUCCUGAGGCAAGCUACAUGCUUUUGGAACCUUAUUUCCAAAAUUUAAACAACUGCAGACACGACAGAAGUGAAGGGAGGGUGGAGCAGCGUAACAUCCAUCUACAGUCACACAGCUUUGGGAGUCAAGAUGCUAAGCAGAUAAGCAACAAGGAAGAGGUGUUUCAGUGGUGGGGGGAGUGGUCCAGCUGGUCCUCCUGUUCCAGGAGCUGUGGAGGAGGAGUGAGGAGUCAGGAAAGACACUGUCUCAUACAGAGACUGUCCACCACACACAAUGUGAACAGCUCAUAUUGCAUUGGCUCUCCUAAACAAUACCAACUCUGUCCAAACCAGCCAUGUCCCAGCAACAGUGUUAGCUUCAAACAGCACCAGUGUUCCCAAUUCAAUUCUAAAGCCUUUGGAAGAAGAUACUACCGGUGGAUACCUCUUUACCCAGCUGAUUACAUCAGCAUCUCCAAUAAGCCAUGUGACCUGCAGUGUACAACCAUCAGUGGUGAACGACAGUUGCUUGUUCCCGCCCACGAUGGUACCUUCUGCCGCGACACUAAAUACCAUGGAGUGUGUAUUGAGGGAGUAUGUCAGCCUGUGGGCUGUGAUGGGCAGCUGUACAGCAGUACGACGGUAGACAGAUGUGGAGUAUGUGGAGGCAACGGGACGUCAUGCCAGCGCAUCUCUGGAUCAUACAGGAAGGCACUCACACAGUUAGGCUACGUGUUCAUCACCAACGUUCCAGCUGGAGCUUCAGACAUUCAGAUCGUAGAGAGACAUAAGACUGAGAACAUCCUGGCCCUGUCAGAUGAAGCUGGCCAUUUCUUCUUCAACGGAAACACUGUGUUUGACAAUCCUCAGAACUUCCAUGUGGCAGGAACAGUGUUUAAAUACAGACGUCCAAGCAAUGUGUUCUCUGAUGGGUUGGAAUAUAUCAUUGCCCAGGGACCAACAAUUGAGGGCCUGAAUGUUAUGUACUACAACCUGAAUGGGAAGCUCCCCCACAUCACUUAUGAGUACACCAUCCCCCACACAUCUCAUGACAUCACAGCUGCAGAAGGCAUUACCACAGGCCCCUCCCACUCCCAUCUUAACCUCACCUAUAAUGAGGUAAAAGAGGAUGUCAGAGGUGAACACCUUAGAGUGACAAAUCACAGUAGAGGGAGUGUGACAUCUGUCCAUCACUACAACACUCAGCUCGGAGCUGAUGACCAGUCAGAUGUCCAGCUGCAGGAAGAAAAGGAAAAGGAAGUGGAGUGGGAGAUCCGAACACCCAGCCCACCACCGCCUGCUGCCAUUGUGGUCUACAGACCUUCUGAUGUCACCAGUCAUGUAUUCAGUCAUAAUGACAUUGAGGAGCAGGGACCCCCAGUGCCAUCUGGCUACCGGAGUACCUCGAACUCAAUCGACGAGCCCUCCACUGCUGAUGACAAGACUCUCCUGCUCUCUUUCCCAGGUAGUCAGAGUGUUCAUUCUGCAGCCCUGCCAGAAGACACCGCUUAUCUGCUACUGGAGAAUUUACAUUACAAUCAGACGCCGUCACACACACACACCCUCGCACAGUCAAACACUCACUCUUCCAAACAUGCACUCUCGGAUUCACAUUCACGAGCAGAAACAAAUGUGGAAACAUCAGCCAAAGACAUAAAACUAGACCCAGACCCACAGCUGGAAAUACACUCAGAUACUGACACACACUCUGCUGGACAUACAGAAAGUGGCACACACACUGCCAUCCUAGUGCAACUGCAACAGGUGUCUGCAGUCGAGGCAGCUAAUGCAGAGAGCAAUGACUUUGAUGUGGGUCUGGACCCAGACAUCAGCCUGGCAGACAUGUAUCGCUGGAAGGUUUCUGCUUAUGCUCCAUGCAGCUCAACCUGUACGACAGGUAUCACCACUAGCUAUGCCCUGUGUAUACGGUACGAUGGUACUGAAGUCGAUGACGGUUACUGUGACUCUCUGACCAGACCUGAGCCCACACAUGAGUUCUGCACUGGAAAGGAGUGUCCCCCAAGAUGGGAGACCAGCGGUUGGAGUGAGUGCUCUCGAACCUGCGGCGAGGGCGUUCAGUACCGUACUGUACGCUGCUGGAAGAUGCUGUCGCCUGGCCUUGACUCCUCCGUCUACGACUCACUGUGUCUGUCACACGACCUUCACAAACCAGCCAGCAGAAAGGUCUGCCUUGGUCAGAGCUGCGGGCCUCAGUGGGAGGUGUCUGAGUGGUCAGAGUGUUCGGCACGCUGCGGCUCUCGAGGUGUGCUUACUCGGGAGGUUCGUUGCUCCAUGGAAAUGAGACUAUGUAACAAGUCCUCUCAGCCAAUAGAAAGUCAGGAAUGUGAAGGACCGCCCUGUGACAGAAGAUGGACAGUUUCUGACUGGGGACCUUGCUCAGGUGUGUGUGGAGAAGGACGGAUGGUGCGUGCGGUGACGUGUCGAUCCUCAGGCGGGGUAGUGAUGUCAGAGGAGCAGUGUGACCAAUCACUGCGACCGCUGGCCAUCUAUCCCUGUGGCGACAAAGACUGUGCACCCCACUGGGUCGAACAGGAGUGGCAACCGUGUAAUGCUACAUGUGGCCGGGGUGUGCGUCAGCGUCAGGUGGUGUGUGCUGGUCUGGAUGGUGGUGUGUUCAAAGAGUUUCCAGACACCAGUUGUGACCAAACCAACAAACCAGAGACCAGCUCCUCCUGCUUCCAGAGACCCUGCUCCAAAUGGUUCACCACAUCCUGGUCUCAGUGCAGCAAGAGCUGUGGUAGUGGCGUCCAGGUUCGAGAAGUAAAGUGUUACCAGGGGGAGGAGCUGGUAACCAGAGGCCACAGCUGUGACUCUGCCCUCAAGCCAGAAGCCAGACGGAGCUGCGAAAUCCAGAGCUGUCCGACCGAGGCACCAGCAACAGCCCCAGCAGCUUCAGUAGCAGCAGAUGACACCUGUCGAGACAAACCGACGGCUAACUGUGCCCUGGUCCUAAAGGUCAAACUGUGCUCCCAUUGGUACUACAGAAAGGCCUGCUGCCAGUCCUGUAAGGCACCAAGACCCUGACGUUUUAACUGUAACCUCUAACCUCGACCCCUGAAAACAAACCACUGGUACCAAGGUCACAUUACAUUCAUAUUGGUGCUACACAAAAGCCUGCUGCUAGCGAUGUAAGGCCUUACAGCAUUCAUUUUAACCCUGUAACUUUUCCUCCUCUCACUGACAAAAAAAGCCAAACCUGUGGUCUUUACCCUGUGCCUGUCAAUGCUGCCACUUUGAUCUUGUUUCCUCGCACAUAGAAUUGUUUCUACAGGUAAAGAUACGCAAUCAAAAUUACUCUUCAUGCCUCCUCAAAGAGUCAAACAAAGUGCAGUUUAUGCACUGUAGCAAUAUUUUACAGCCAGAAGUCUUUUUUUAAGUGCUAUAAGGAUAUAACGGCUCUGGACCCCUUCAUGGCACAAACCCCUGACCUUCAGCCAGCAUACCAUACCAUACCAUAUCCAGUCACUGACCUCUCCUCCCCAGCAACAUGAGGUUAAGACUGACUUUAGGACUGUCCAUCUGAUUCUUUAACUCCAAAACAGAAGUAGCAAUCCAUUGCUUUGAUCAACAUCCCUCCUAUUUUCUUUAUUUCUUCUUUGCUCCUGUCCACCUCACUGUGGCAUUCAGCAUUUUAAGGGCAAAAACCCUCAAGGGUCUCCAUCCAUUCAUCCAUCACCGCAAGUACUUCCCCUCACAUUUUAAAAGCGAUGCUCCCUAUAGUAAAUAUCUCCAGUCUCUCUGUUCCAUCAGUUCUUUUGGUGCUAUGUUCCACCAAUAUCCAGGAAGCUUGUUACUGUGGCGGCAGACGAGGCCACAAUGAGCCCCUUCAGCCUUGGUCUAGUUCCUGUAUACAUAUUUGGCCCUGUACUUGGUCACGUCGUACUACUGGUGCUAGAUUCUUUUUCUUUCUGCCACUCACAAACUUCAUUUGCACGAUAUGCAACAGACAUAACUUACUACUACUGCGCUGGACUGACAAAUAUAACAGAGUUACUACCAACUAUAUUACUAUCACAUGCUUUUUUUUCAAUACAGUACCAUAAAAUUCAUUGCUGUUUCAUUUUGACCGUGGCGUGGCUCCACUUUGCCUCCAAAUUAGCAAAUUGCCAGUCUUCUCUCAAAAAGGAAGCCCGUUAAUACAUCCAGCUGGCAUUCAAAAUGAAAUUGGAUCUAGCAACUAUAAAAAAACUAGCUUAUUGCCACUUGCAUCCAGACUACUGCAACAUCAAGACAGGCAACAGUUGAUGGUAAUAAAUGCAGUAAUAGUAGCAGACUAAAGAAGUCAAAAUACUUUUGUUUUUAAAUAUAUUCAAAACAUAACACUGAAACAAUAAUAAUGAUGAUAACUAUAAUAAUAGGUUUAUUAACACCCACACUAUAUAGACAAAAGUAUUGGGACAAAAUGUAUUGUUGAAUUCAAGUGUGGUAUGGGACUCCCCUGACUUCUAGCUAAGGGAAAUCUUAAUGCUUCAGCACACCAAGCAAAGCAAAGUCCAUAAAGACAUGGUUGGAUGAGUUUGGUGUGGAAGAACCUCAAUCCCAUCCAACACCUUUGGGAUGAACUGGAACAGAGAUUGCAAGCCAGGCCUUUUGGUCCAACAUCAGUGUCUGACCUCACCAAUGCUCUGCUGCAUGAAUGGGCACACAUUCCCACAGAAACAUUCUAAAAUCUUGUGGAGUGCUCUAAGUAAUUGGUUUAAGAGUAUUUAGCAUGGCACUCGCAUAACACUGUCAAACUCGACAAAAAAGAUCAAAAUAGAUGCAGCAGAACUAGAGGUAGAUCUUCACACACAUUCAUCUUUCUCCAAAAUCUAAUGCCUACAUUUCCCACAAUGCACCUCAACUGACGACAGUUAUAAUACCAGUAGCAGCUGAUGUAGCCUGAAGCUUCUAGCCUGCAACAGAGAUUAGCAGCAGGCUACAGAGGUCUGAGAAGCUUACUUUAAUCUGACAGCACACCAAGAGAUUUGCAUCUUUUCAAACUUGUAGACUUCAGCCCCAAUCAACACUGACUGAAGUGACAUUACUUAAAGACGUUUAUCAGACCUGGCACAGCUCCCUGUGGAGACACUAAAGCCUUCUUCCAUCUUUAUCACAUAUGUAGUAGUAAUAGUACUCCCCAACACCUGGAAACAGUUGUGUAAUUGCGAAUCAGUGAUGUUCUGUACAAUGUGGGUGUGUUGAGUUAGCAAGAGUGAGAUGAGAAGGUCAAUAUACAGUGGCUAUAAAAUGUGCCCCCCCCCCUUGGAGGUUGUCUUACAAUAUUAAGUUUUAGUGAAUUUAAGUAGUUUUUCCUUUCACCAAAAGAAAAACAUCUUUUUACGUCAAACUCAACGUUUUCAAUUUGAAAUAAAAUAAUAUUUAUGUUUAUUUUAAAAAAGCCAAAAUUAAAUCCAGUGUGAUUUGAUGUUAUAAGACAAAAAACAAGACUAAUUCUAAGGGUUUGAACACAUAUUAUAGUCACCGUAAGUAUCAUUUCUGUGUGUCCAGUAAAGAGAUAUGACCAGUAUGUUUAGCCUAGCUUAGCAUAAAGACAGGAAAACUGCUUAUGUGGAGAAAAAACUGUUAUUAUCGCGUUAAUGCGAUAAUUGAUUAACGCCAACAAUUGUUAUUUUUUAAUUUAGCGCUCAUUAACGCAGUUUUUUUAGUGAGCAAGUGAGCAGCGAUUAGAUAGCUAGUGAGCAACGGACAUAAAUCAUUAUUAUAAUAAAAAUAACUGCGCAAUAAAAUAAUUGUCGGAAUUAAUUAAUUAUCGUGUUAACGCGUUAACGUUUGACAGCCCUAAAAAAAAAAAAACCCUCUCCUCA